AUGAAGUCGAUAACUGAAGCUGACUACCACACCCGCCUGGCUACCUGUGAGCGCGAGUCGAGCCGGGCAACCGCUUACUUAGAUACGCUCGCGCCCAACUUGAUAGACAGACCGCCGACAAUACGUACCAGUUCACUCGUUGCAAAGGCCGGUAUUCGACCUCCCAAAACAGGCCUUGUUGGCAUCAACUCACCGAGCUUUGGCGCACCUCUGGCGUCCUCCGGGUCACCGAUUUCCAUCAACAUUGAGCUGCAGGUUUUAGAGUCAACACAGCGGCGACAGCGAGCUCGCCGGCAUCAGCGAGGCGCUGGCAAGCGUGGCGGACGCCGCGACCCCAGUCUACUUGAGCGUCUCGAUAGUAACAACAGAGCAGCGGCGCCGCCGUCGACGCUGCCUGCCCGGAUGACAGAGUCAUCAGUACCGGCGGAGAAUGUCUUCGUGUUUCAAUCUAAACAGCCAGCCUCCACGACGCCGACGACAGCAACCACGGCGCUGUAUCCGGCUCAGCAAUGGCCUCCUUCAGUCGCCAGCUUUACCUGCCUCGCGCCAGCAGCUAGCCCGUGGGUACGAUAUAAGCUCUUCCCCCCUCCGCUCGCCAUAGCUGAGGUAUACAACUUUGAUGGCGAUGGCGAGCGGGGGGAGGGGGAGGCUUCAACAGCGCCCGUUGCAAGCUAUCUGUCGGAUAGCGAUUAUAUACACAACCGAGAUGACGUCCUAAUCGAGCCGUCAACCGCUGUCGCAGAGUUUUCACAGCUAUCGCCAGCCUCACCCCGCUCCGUCAAUCGAUUACCGGACUUACGAGCAAUACAAUGGGUUGUAUAUUGGCGGUUAUACACGGGUUCCAGCGCCGGCGUGGCCAUCAACAGCGCCAACGGGACUGAGCUAUCAGGCUCAACCUCAGCGAUUGCCGCCGCCGUCGCCGGCAACAAACUAUCAGCAGCCUCAUGUUAG